AUGUACUUCUACACACCAGUCUUGGUGCCUGUGAAGGAGAAGAGGUACAAGAAGAAGGUGGUCUACCUUGAACCACCCACCCCCGGCAGCGUCACACUUCGUAGGAAGAUCACAACAGUCGUACCCGCACCUGCCCCACCAACUCCGCCUCCAGUCAUCGUCGAGCCGCCGCCGCCACCACCUGUGCUCGCUCUCCCCCCGCCUCCGCCUCCGCCGCCACCAGUUUUUGAGCGGCCGCCGCCGCCAGUCUUCCUGCCGCCCCCGCCGGCUCCCCCAUCCCGGGACGAGAUAGACGUGAUCGCCGUGGACGUCGAGCCCUCCGAGAAGUCCAAGUCAUCCAGGAGGUCCUCGUCCUCGUCCUCCAGCUCGUCCUCCAAGUCGUCCAAGAAGACGAGCCGGAGCCAGAGCCGCAGCCGCUAUGACGAGCGGGAGAGGGAGCUGAUCAUCGAGAGGGACAGGUUCGUGCCCGUCCCCAGGAGGCGGGAUUACGAGACGUACCGAUACGUUGAGGGCCCGCCGCAGAGGAGGUACCUCCCUGCGCCUCCCUCGCCGCCAAAGAGGCUCGAGGAGGAUAGGGAGAGGAUCACUAUCAACAUCGAGGACCGGAGGAGGGCUAGAGAGUACCAUUACCGUUGA